AUACCAGAAGGUGUGCGAUAGCCGGCGAAACGGGCACACCAAUUCCGCUGACGCUUCUCGUCCAAUUCAUUUCAGCAUUUAAAAAAUCGAACGGUUUCGGCGCGUUCUCCGCUUUGUGCUUGGUUUUCGUGCAUUCGAUGGGCAAAACCGAGAUUUGACCGCCGCUUCUCUUGUCAACCGUGUGGAUCUGAUCUCCGUUUCCGAGGCACUUUCAGCCGAUCGUCGGUGGAAUUACAGGCUCAAAACGAGGAGCAUCGCCGCAAAACUCCAGGCGAACGCCAGUGCAAAAGAGGCAGUCCGUAGUAAAGAAGAAAGGAGAGCAAGAUGGCCGCGAAGCCCGAGGAUAAGAGCACGGAUAUUCCGGAUCGCCUCGUCGACAUCAACCAGCGGAAAACCUACAAGCGCAUGCGGUUCUUCGGCAAGGGCGGGUUUGCAAAAUGUUACGAGAUCAUCGAUGUGGAAACCGACGACGUCUUCGCCGGCAAGAUCGUGUCCAAGAAGCUGAUGAUCAAACACAAUCAGAAGGAGAAGACCGCCCAGGAGAUAACUAUUCACCGCAGCCUUAACCAUCCGAACAUUGUCAAGUUUCACAACUACUUUGAAGACUCGCAGAAUAUCUACAUUGUGCUGGAGCUGUGCAAGAAAAGAUCCAUGAUGGAGCUGCACAAACGUAGGAAAAGCAUUACGGAGUUUGAGUGCCGCUACUACAUUUACCAGAUAAUCCAGGGCGUUAAGUACUUGCACGAUAACCGCAUUAUCCAUCGAGAUCUGAAGCUGGGCAAUCUCUUCCUCAACGAUUUGUUGCACGUGAAGAUCGGCGACUUCGGGUUGGCCACGCGCAUUGAGUACGAGGGCGAGCGAAAGAAGACCUUGUGCGGCACGCCCAACUAUAUAGCCCCGGAGAUCCUCACCAAGAAGGGCCACUCCUUCGAGGUGGACAUCUGGUCGAUUGGCUGCGUCAUGUACACACUGCUUGUGGGCCAGCCGCCGUUCGAAACCAAGACUCUGAAGGAUACCUACUCGAAGAUCAAGAAGUGCGAGUACCGCGUGCCCAGCUACUUAAGGAAACCGGCGGCGGAUAUGGUCAUCGCCAUGCUGCAGCCAAAUCCGGAGAGCCGCCCGGCAAUCGGUCAGCUGCUGAACUUUGAGUUCCUCAAGGGCUCAAAGGUGCCCAUGUUCUUGCCCAGCUCUUGUUUGACAAUGGCGCCGCGUAUCGGCAGCAACGACACCAUCGAGGAUUCGAUGCACCGCAAGCCGCUGAUGGAGAUGAACGGCAUCAGGCCCGACGACACCCGUCUGGAGUCGACCUUCCUCAAGGCCAAUCUGCACGACGCCAUUACCGCGUCAGCGCAGGUGUGCCGCCACAGCGAGGACUAUCGCAGCGAUAUCGAGAGCCUGUACCAGCAGCUCACCAAUCUUAUCAACGGAAAGCCGCGCAUUCUGCAAGGCAAUCUGGGCGACGAGAACACAGAUCCUGCAGCGCAGCCGCUCUUCUGGAUAUCCAAGUGGGUUGACUACAGCGACAAGUACGGAUUUGGUUACCAGCUGUGCGACGAGGGUAUCGGCGUGAUGUUCAACGACACCACAAAGCUGAUCCUGCUGCCGAAUCAGAUCAACGUGCACUUCAUCGACAAGGAUGGCAAGGAGACGUACAUGACCACCACGGAUUACUGCAAGUCGCUUGACAAGAAGAUGAAGCUGCUGUCGUACUUCAAGCGCUACAUGAUCGAGCACCUGGUGAAGGCAGGUGCCAACAAUGUGAACAUUGAGAGCGAUCAGAUCUCGCGUAUGCCCCAUUUACACUCCUGGUUCCGUACAACAUGUGCCGUAGUUAUGCAUUUGACCAACGGCUCUGUGCAGCUGAACUUCUCAGAUCACAUGAAGCUCAUCCUCUGCCCGCGCAUGAGUGCUAUAACCUAUAUGGACCAGGAGAAGAACUUCCGCACCUACCGAUUCUCGACCAUUGUGGAGAACGGCGUGUCUAAAGACUUGUACCAGAAGAUCCGAUAUGCCCAGGAGAAACUUAGGAAAAUGCUGGAGAAGAUGUUCACAUAAGCGUAGCCAGCCCAACUAUCAUUAUAAGGCCGAAUGUUAGUUUAACGUAAUUCACAAAUGCCCUGGCCAACUUCAUUUAUAGCCCCGAAAGUAUCCUCUCCCAUGAUCAUUUAAAAUUGCAGUUCCUGUUUAAAUUGAUUUGUUCGAUGUUUAUAGAAUUUAUUUGUUUUUGCCCCUUCACCUUCAUAUCGAAAAUACUGCUUAAGUCAUAUUCAUCGUCAGUGUUGGGCCUCCCCUCAAAAGUAUUUCUAUAUAUAUCUGUUUAAUGGUUUUCGUACACGAUCCGAUCACUUAAUGCAUUUUAAAGAGAUCAAAUUAAAUGUUUAAACUAAGCAAACGUGUUUCGAAACGCCUAUACUCACCGAGAUGACUGAUAACACAAUUUUAAUGCUGGAUACAUUAUAAACCCAAUAGUGUAAUAUGCGUUUGCAGUGCGCUAUAGCGACAUUUUAAAUAAUGAUUAAGUUACAAACUGCUGCAAAGCGUUUAAAUGCUUUGCGGUACAAGUAUAUUCAACUUUGGCCAGAAAUACAUGUAGCUAUAGGAUACAAUUUGUAAAUGCUUUGAACAAGAAGCGAAUAUAUAUAUAAUUUAAUAAAAUAUCUAAAAAUGA